GCGCAGAGGAACUAAAGUGAGCAAUCGCUGUUGCAGAGGACUCAGGAGCACUUUGUGACGCACACAGGAAGCAGCAUGUUUUGCAGGGCUGAACUUGCAAGCUGUAUGCCGGCUCAUUGACAGAAUUAACUAGCAGGAUUGGACCAGUAGUAGCAAGAAUUCUCCCAGGAUUUCUGGUCAUGGUUCACAGUUGCUCUGCUUAAAACCUGCUGAGACACUGAGUCCUGGUCUAUGUAUUGGUAAGGCACUGGCACAAGCCAUGCACUUGCAAACUCUCCUCCUACGCAGACUUCUACAAAAUGUCAGUCACGCUCGAGUGCCAAGUAGAUGGCUGGGUGGUGGUGAAAUGACUCCAAGAAUGCUUGUUCGUCACUGGCAGAGCAUAUUUCACGAUCAUGGAGUACCGGAGCCUCAGGAAUCCAGUGAGAUACUUAUAGCACAUGCCCUGGGAUCCAAAACGUUUCCAAGUCUCCCUCCUUCAGUAGCUCAGUCUUCUGUCACUGUAGCUCAGCUAAGGCACAUAGAGACCAUGGCUCAGCAGCGCUUAAAGAGGGUCCCUAUUCAGUAUGUUAUUGGAGAGUGGGAUUUCUUGGAUAUAACCUUAAAAAUGAGACCUCCAGUAUUCAUUCCAAGGCCCGAGACAGAGGAACUGGUCGGCCUUGUCCUUGGAGCCAGCAGAAGGUUGCAGUGCUCUGCAGAGCCCCUGGUUCUGGAGGUGGGAUGUGGUUCAGGGGCUGUGUCUUUGUCAUUACUACGGAGGGUGCCUCAGGCUCAAAUAACAGCAAUUGAUAAAACGGAAGCAGCUGUCAGACUGACUAGAGAAAAUGCAGUAAGUCUAGGUCUCCAAAACCAAAUCCAAGUUCUGCUUCUUGAUAUUUUAAUUGAUCCGCCAGAUCCUCUCCUUAUCUGCGGUCCUGUGGAUGUUCUGGUCAGUAAUCCCCCUUAUAUAUCCUCAUCUGAUAUCUCUGAACUUGAUCCAGAAAUUGUUAACUGUGAGGAUCAUUCAGCAUUAGAUGGGGGUCCGGAUGGCAUGGAUGUAAUAAAGGGGAUACUAUCCCUUGCACCUCAGCUUCUAAAGCCUGGUGGGGAUAUAUUUCUAGAGGUCGAUCCCAGUCACCCAGAGAUAAUAGAGUUGUGGAUUCAGAAUCACACUGAUAUGCACCUUCAGUAUAUUAGCACUGUACAAGACUUCUGUGGCAGGUCAAGGUUUGUACAUUUACGCAGAGACUAAGCCUCUCUUCAUGCUGUUCCUGCCAUGACGCAAAAACUGGAUCCCCUGAUUCCCUGGAUAUCCAAAGCCAAACAUGGUCCACUCCUUUCAUUAGUGUGCUGUAUCUACCUCAGUAUGGCCCCAUAUUACAGGAUAACCAUCUAAAGGAUAGGGUUGCCACCUUUUCUGGAAAAAAAUACCGGCCUAUCUAUAUAUUUAUAUUUUUUCCCUAUUAAUAACAUUGGGAUCAACCAUCAUUUUUACUGACCAAGUCGGUAAAAAACCGGCCAAGCGGCAACCCUACUGAUGGAUAAUAUGAAAUGUUUGUCCUCACCAUUGCUACCCUUGUUAGCACAAUACACUCAAUGGCAGCCUAGCUUUUGUGCCAUGAACUAACUAGGUAUAUAAUGCAAUUUGUAUUGGAGGUCAUGUAAAUCAACAUCUGCAACCAAGGGACACCAAAAUCAAAACAUUUAAGUUUCUGUCCCUGAAAUCAACAUGUAAUGAUUGCUAAAGCAGAGAUGUGUUUGGAAAUGCUGAUCAGGCCCCAUAUACAUCAGUGUUUAUAAUCCCUGGCAGUUGUGUCAACAGCUCAGAUAUAAAAUUGCUGAUGCAUAUGUAGAUUUAGGUACACCCAUGCUUUGAAAGUGCACAUAUUAAAUAUUGCUACUGGGUACAUUGUGACUCAAUCUAUUCAAGUUAUUUCAAGAAUUAUUUGAUAAUGGCUCGUUGCUGAAGCUCAGUACAACAUGUUCCCAGGGCGGAACCUUCCAUACUGCAUCACUCGUGCUCCUGGGAGGAAGUGCUGAUACAGCAAUGAGUCUGGACAGAUAUUACAGAAUGCAGCACAACAUGGAACAUAAGCUGAAGGCAGGGACAGUGAGAAACUUCUGUUAAAAGAUAUAUUGCCAAGAUCUUUUCUUGAAAUAGAACAAAACUCUGGUGCCUUUCUCACCACAGCUCCAGUGAGGGCAUGCUCUUGUGUUGCUCUCCAGGGCAUCAUGAAAACGAGCUAUGGGCAACCUGAGGCCUUCUGCUGCUGGUCGGCUGACUAGUGUUGUAGGAAGCAGCCAAUCUGUCCAAACAAAACCGCAGUUGCCUAUUCGUUUUCUUAUUCUGUUGCACAAGACUUGUGGAAUUGACAACUCCAAACUGCUGAACAUUUCUGAGACUAUAUUUUUUAUUUCUUUUGUGAAUUGUACUUUAUUCACUGCUUUCGUCAUUCUAAAAGUUAAUCUAAUGGUGAAAUACUCCCUUUAACCAAACUGCAAUAAAAUCAGUGUGCAUAUCCAA